GUGCGUCGUUGACCUUUAUAUAAAUAGGUUGGGACCACCAACAACCACAACAUUAUUCCAUUUACAACCAUGAACACUUUAUUGUACAUCGGCUUAAUCGCGUGCAUGUGCAUGGCAUACUCCGCUACAGCACUGCCCUACCCAGCACCAGAAGAAAUUGAUAGCAAUGAUGCAAAGCUCAACACAGAAGAAGAGAUCCUAGUUCCCGCUGAAAAUCAUCAUCACGGCUAUCGAAAGCAAUACAACAUUAUCGUAGUACCUGGGUAUAGUCACGGGGGUGGUUACGGAGGUGGUCACGGACGUGGUUACGGAGGCGGUCACGGAGGUGGUUACGGAGGUGGUCACGGAGGUGGUUACGGGGGUGGCUUCGGAGGUGGUUACGGAGGUGGUUACGGAGGUGGUUUUGGAGGUGGUUUCGGCGGUGGUUACGGAGGUGGUUUCGGAGGUGGUUACGGAGGCGGUUACGGACGAUGAUUUAAACGAGUUGCAAGAUUGAUGAUAGUCCCUGAAUUUUUCUGUGAUGAUUUAUUUUGGAAUAAAACAUAGGUAGUUCAAUUAUGUAAAUUGUUUUCUUUUUUAUCUGAUAAUAUUUAUUUGCGUGUACUUAUAAAAUAAAAUACAAACAUAGGCGAAAUUAUUAAC